CCAACCCGUCUUCACCCGAAUCGAAUGUACGGUCAUUUUCGCCGCAUUUCUACGGAAAGGUGGUCCAGAUACGGCUACAGCGACCAUACGUUCUAUUCGGGGGAAGACAGUAGUCGGCCUGGAGUGCGGAGAUUGAACCCUCGGAAGUUACGUAUCUGUGACCAGCAGGUAGACACGUGGCUGCACAGCAAGGGGCUGACCUCUCUCUCUCUCUCUCUCUCUCUCUCUCUCUCUCUCUCUCUCUCUCUCUCUCUCUCUCCGCCCUCCCUCUUUUCGGCAGGAGACACAAUAUCUGUGAAUGGAUAUGGCAGCGAUGGAUUCUUGCGGUCACGAGAUGGCCGAUGGCCACGUCAGCAUGCCGCUACCCGCUGAAGAGAAGUUUACCGUUGCUGUGGAGGUAUGCUUGAAGGCAAACAGCACUGCACGGGCAGACGACGUGAGGCAAGCCGUUGAAAGGAUGAUGGAAAAGCGAAGCAUGGCCUACGUGGAUGGGCCCAUUCCUGUCGUGCUUGGUGAGGAUCAAUUCAUUGAUGAAAAUGUGGAGAGCAUCUGCAUAUGCGACACAGAUUCAAUCAUUGGGGACAACCGAUUCUUGCUCUUCUGGCAAAUCAAGCUCCAGAUCAAUGUUUACCAGCUUAAUGAAGACGAGCCGGGAGAGGAGACGGAAGGAGACGAAGAGAUUGCAACGUUUUACGAAUGGCAGUUGCCGUCCAAGGAUUUCCAUGGACUUUGGGAAAGCUUGGUUUAUGACAGUGGAGUAAAGCAGCGCCUUUUGAAAUAUGCUGCAAGUGCGCUGGUUUUUUCUGACAUGGGAGUUAACACAAAACUUAUCUCUUGGAACAGGGUGGUGCUUCUCCAUGGUCCACCGGGAACCGGCAAAACCUCGUUGUGUAGGGCCUUGGCGCAGAAACUCGCAAUACGAUUUCGGCAAAGAUACUCACAGGCGCAGCUUAUAGAAGUGAAUGCCCACAGCCUUUUCAGUAAAUGGUUCUCUGAGAGCGGCAAGCUGGUAACGAAGCUGUUCUAUAAAAUACACGAGCUUGUUGAGGACGGGGAGAGCCUAGUCAUUAUCCUUAUAGAUGAGGUAGAGAGUCUCACUUCUGCAAGACAGGCAGCUUUGUCUGGGUCAGAGCCAUCUGACUCUAUUCGGGUAGUGAAUGCUGUCCUGACUCAGUUGGAUGGGUUGAAGAAGCGGCCAAAUGUGAUGGUCUUGACGACAUCCAACAUCACUGGUGCAAUUGACAUAGCAUUCGUGGACAGAGCAGACAUAAAGGCGUACAUCGGCCCUCCAUCGGUGCAACCACGAUAUGAAAUCCUACGGUCAUGCAUGGCAGAACUUCAGAGAGCUGGAAUUAUAGUGUCGCCCAUGUGUCAGGGUUAAAAACCAAUUACUGAUCGGUAAUCAAUACUAAUCAUCGAU